AUGUCUUCCAAACCAGCAGUCAUAUCUGUAAUCGGCUCCCUCAACGUCGACCUUGUAACCCGCACACCCCGCGUCCCCGUCGGCGGUGAAACCCUAACCAGUGAAUCCUUCAGCAUUGGCUGGGGCGGAAAAGGCGCCAAUCAAGCUGUCGCAUGUGCCCGGCUCUCUCGCACCAAAAGUCAAGCUUCGUCGUCUCAGGUUUCCGAUGUCGAAGUGCGUAUGGUGGGUGCAGUGGGUGACGAUGAAUUCCACGAGGGCUUUCUAAAAGCUCUACGGGAAGAUGGACUGUCGACAGAAAAAGUACAGAUCUUGAAGGGAAAGAAGACCGGUGUUGCUGUUAUCAUCGUUGAAACUGGGUCCGGCGAGAACAGGAUUAUGUUUUGUCCUGGGGCGAACGGGGAUGUAAAGGUUGAAGAUCUUGUUGACGAGGAUGCCGGUGUUGCGCUUUUCCAGCUCGAACUGCCGUUGGAGGUUGUGUUGCAUAAUAUGAAGACGGCGAGGGAGAAGGGCGUUGAGACUGUUAUCAAUCCCGCGCCUGCGAUUCCGUUGCCCGAUGAAGCGUAUCAUGGAUUAGGUCACCUUAUUGUUAACGAGACUGAGGCGGUGAUUCUGUCGGGAAUCGAGAAGCCGAGUUCAUGGGAUGAGGUUGCGGCUGUGUUUAUUGCGAGGGGGGUUAAGAAUGUUAUUAUUACGCUGGGUGGCGAGGGUGUAUUCUAUAAGACUUCGAAACAGCAGGAGGCAUCUCAGCAAGGUCACAUUGUACCAGCACGUAAAGUCAAGGUUGUCGAUACCACAGCCGCAGGCGACACUUUUGCUGGCGCAUACACAGUGGCCGUCGCACGCUGGAAAGCUAUGGCCCAAGGAGCAGAUUUUGAUCUUGAUGCUGCGAUUGCGCAUGCAAACAGGGCGGCUUCUAUGACGGUGCAGAGGGCGGGUGCGCAGUCGAGUAUACCGUGGGCAGACGAAGUACCAGAGUCAUAA